AUGGCCUCGUUGAGAGGUAAAAGCGGAUACUUUGAGUCAUGUUCAACAUAUACUGAUAAAGAAAAUUACUUCCUCGUUGAUUCCCGGUAUGAGAUUAUUAGAGUUUUAGGUAAAGGGUCGUAUGGAGUUGUUUGUUCUGCAAUAGACACCAAGAGUUUGAGUACAGGCCUUGAGCAUAAGAUUGCAAUAAAGAAGGUGACGAAAAUAUUUACCAAAGAUAUACUUUUGGUUAGAGCAAUAAGGGAGCUAAAGUUUAUGAAGUUCUUCAAGGGGCAUAAAAAUAUCGCAUCAUUGCUCGAUUCCGACAUUGUCUAUGUGAAACCAUAUGAUGGUCUUUAUUGUUUCCAGGAGUUGGCAGACCUUGAUUUGGCGAGAGUGUUGUAUUCGAAUGUCCAAUUAUCGGAGUUUCAUAUUCAAAAUUUUAUGUAUCAGGUGUUGUGUGGCCUCAAGUAUAUACACUCAGCCGAUGUUAUACACAGAGACUUAAAACCGGGGAAUAUUUUAGUAACGACUCAAGGGACACUUAAGAUUUGCGACUUUGGUUUAGCACGAGGAAUAAACCCCAAAUUUUUCAAAAACCGUACUGCCACAAUCACCAACUAUGUUGCCACAAGAUGGUAUCGUGCACCUGAAUUGAUAUUAUCAACAAAGAAUUACUCAAAAGCGGUUGAUGUUUGGGCCAUGGGCUGCAUACUUGGGGAACUAUUUGGAAGAAGACCACUUUUUCCAGGAAAGAAUCUGCAUGAACAGAUUCAUGAAUUAUUCAAGAUUUUGGGCAGCCCACCGCCAGAGACGAUAAAAAAGUACAAUUGGAAGAUUGAGGGGAUUCUGUGGGUAAAGUACAAAUCAGUCAAUUGGAGAUCCAUAUACCCAUUUGCCCCGAUUGAAGCAAUCGAUUUGAUAGACAACCUAUUACAAUGGGAUUGCAAAAAAAGAUUUACUGUUGAUGAAAUACUUGAGCAGGACUUUCUCAAGUAUGUCAGAAAUGUUCCCGAAGAAGCAAGCAGCAGAUCGUUUUUUGAUUUCAGUUUUGAGGAAAACUUUUGUAGCAUACCUCGGUUGAAGGAAGUGUUGGAGGCAGAGGUGAGUGAAUUUACUGAGACCUGCAAUAUUGGAGACUGA